AUGGGCGAAACAAAGGCGAAAAGCUUGCGGCUGAGCUUCAAAGGAGACAAGCCAAAGAAGCGCAAGCGGAGCUCUCACAAGCACGAUCACGGCGAAUCCUCGUCCAGAAAACGAAAAGCGGGUGAUGCUUCGGACGUCGAAGACGUAGGCGGCGACGAACGAGCAUGGGUCGCCGUUGAGACCGAACAGGAUCUCAGUGGACCAUGCUUCCUCUUCCAACAGCAGCAGUCGGGGUCUUCGACCGCAGCGUACUGCGUUGCAUUCCAGCCUACGCUGCAAAGCGUCGAGGCGGCACUGCUGCUGCCCAGCACAGAGGAAAGUGCUUUUCAAGACCGAGCUGAUCUGGUAGCGACCGAUCCGAAACUCGCGGAGGAGCUCGAAGGGGCAGAGAUCGUACCUGAUUCUGGUCCAUCGAGUAGCUUCGCAAGUCCGACGCCCACAUCCAUGUAUCAAGUCUGGAUAGCAACCAAAGUGCCCGGAAGCACAUCCCCCGCACGCUUCACCUUCAAAAGCGCCGAAGGAAAGUUCCUCGGAGCAGACAAGUCUGGCCUGCUUCGUGCGUCCAUGGAAGCCAGAGGACCGCAAGAGGAGUGGACCAUCGACCCAACCGGCCACGGAUCGUGGACACUGCGAUCCGUGCACAACCGCUAUCUCGGCCUAGACCAAGUAGCAGGAGGCAAAACCGUCGUCCGGGCCGUCUGCGACGCUACCGACAAAGAAGCCGUCUGGCAGAUCAAGGUGCAAUGGAAACAUCGUCACGCCGCUCGUCACGCAGACGAUCCGAAAGGCAUGAAUAGAACAAAAGCAAAUGACCCUACCGCCGUUCAACUCGGCCUGCGCGAUCAGGUUGUCGCUCAGGAGCUGGAAACGUUCAAAUCUCGAGCCGGCUCGCGGUACCUUCCGUGCGACUACGCUUCCAGUUUAUCCAAGGAGGAACGCAGAGCGCUCCGAAAGGCCGAAAAGGAAGGACGCUUAGCGGAAGAGAUGCUCGACCGCCGCAGUAAGCUCAAGAGCGACAAGUACGCAUGA